CUUUGACAGGCCAUGGCAUCAUUGAUUCCCUAUUAAUCAUCCAUCCGCGGGGUCAAUAACUAAUCAAUGGAGUUCCCUGACGAUGCUUUUUAUACCGGCUGUCCCGUCGGUUUCUUUUCGUCCCUCAGUUUCAAUUAUUUGUCGCUACAGCCGCCCCAAUCACUUGACCAGCUUUCGCUAUAGAUAUUCAACCAAGAUGAGCCAACCCGAUAUCACUUUGUACACCUGCCAGACUCCCAAUGGAAUCAAGAUCUCCAUUGCGCUGGAAGAGCUGGGACUUCCUUAUAAGGUGCAGAACAUUGACAUAAGCAAGAAUACCCAGAAAGAGCCCUGGUUCCUUGAGAUUAACCCCAAUGGCCGUAUUCCGGCCCUGACCGACACCUUCUCUGAUGGCCAAAAGAUCCGUCUGUUCGAAUCUGGCGGCAUUCUCACCUAUCUUGCCGAGCAAUAUGACAAGGACUACAAGAUCUCUUACCCUAAGGGUACCCGCGAGUACUACGAGAUGACCAAUUGGUUAUAUUUCCAGAAUGCUGGCGUGGGCCCCAUGCAAGGCCAGGCAAAUCACUUCGUGCGCUAUGCACCCGAGCGCAUCCAAUAUGGCAUGACUCGGUAUACCAACGAGACGAGGCGACUGUACGGCGUUCUCGACCAGCACCUUGCCAACUCCAAGUCAGGAUACCUCGUCGGUGACCACAUCUCGCUUGCGGAUAUUUCGCACUGGGGAUGGGUUGCGGCUGCUGGAUGGGCCGGUGUCGAUAUUGAAGAGUUCCCGCACUUGAAGGCGUGGGAGGAGCGUAUGGCUGCUCGGGAGGGCGUUGAGAAGGGUCGCCAUGUUCCAUCGCCUCAUACUAUCAAGGAGCGCCUGAAGGACCAGAAAACUAUCGAAGAGGAGGCGGCUAAAGCCCGGGAGUGGAUUGUGCAGGGCAUGAAAGCGGACGCUAAGCACUAAACGAUACGAUUUUGUGGCAGAAGGUGACUCGUGGAGUUGAUGAUUUAAUUAGUUUAUCUAUGUUAGCGAUGUGAACAGAAAUCAUUAUGAUCAUGUAAAGCCAUUCUCUCGUCAUUAUUCUUCCUUCAUGGAAGCUCCUAAUGCUUAGUCAUCACGUCUCACGUGGAUACAAAAGCUUGCCACCUCUCCUGCAAGUCCGCC